AUGAACGAACCGCCGGGCCUCCACUCGCGCGAGUGGGAUAUCAGUAACCAGGCGGGGCUCCUCACGGGGCCGAGGGAGAUUUUGACGGCGUAUCCCACUCUCGAUACCAUCUGCAUCAAUGCUGGGGUGCAAUGCUGCUUCAGCCUCCUCGAUCCCCCGACCAGCACGGAAGAAUCCAUCGCCAGCAAGAUUCAGGUCAACCUGAUCGCCCCAGUCUUACUCUUGGGGGCCUUCCUUUCUCAUUCUGGAGCCCGUAUUAAGGAAGGGCAGCCCGGAAAUCUACUAGUUACCAGCUCUGCCCUUGUCUUCCAUGCUAUCCCCUUUUACCCAAUCUACUGUUCUACCAGGCCCGGUAUCCACGCUUUUAUAGUUAUGCUGCGAGAGUAA